ACUUUUCAGCCCAUGUAGUAUAGACUCUCAGUCGCAUUCGACAGCAACAUCUCGAUCGUACACAUGUAGGAAAACGCGGAGUACAUUCGCUUGCGAGUCGACGAAUGAGUGACUGAACUUUAAUAAAUCACACCAAUCUACAAACGCUAAUAAGAAUUAACCGAACGAGUUUCGAAUAAACGUUCCAGCGUCGCCAAUAAAUCUACACCGUCCCCUUUUUUUCCUUUUUUGCUAAAGGGUGAUUUACACGAUGCUGCUUUUACUCACUUUGAGCAAGCUUCCUAAGUCGUCAGCGAAUUCGCUGAUGAAAAUUUCUUCUAGACACUCGAUUUUUAUUCGCUAGUGUCUAAAAUUUGGAAGACGCAGCGUCUAUUAGUCGCUAUGGCAAAGUUGAACAUAUCCAACUUUUACCGCUCGUGUCAAGCAACAUUAAACUGUCUUUUUUUUGUAUAAGCGGAUGCACCUUUUUCAAAAGUUCUUCAAAUUUCUCGCAUGUUAAUCGCAAUACUUUACGGUAUGCGGUUGGAUCUUCCAAUGCCAAUUGUUUGAAAAGAUUAUUUGAUGUUCCAUGAGUUAAUCUUCUAUCUAUCCACUUAUGUAUCCACAUUCUUUUUUUUUUUUACUUUGUUACUGAGCCACGAAUUUCUGCUUGAAGAGCUCGUGCACAAAGCACGACAGCAGCUUGAACUAUGUCAUUCCUUGACGCCAUGAUCCUUUUAACUGAUCGUUUCCGCAAAAUUCUCCUUAAAACGCUAGCGACUAAACGCUGUUUAUCAGCAUCGUGUGAAUGCUCCAACACUAGCAACUUUGUCAGCCAGAAAUUCGCUCUAGGAAAGAGAGAAGCUGGCGACAAAAGAAGCCAGCGCCAAGCGUCAAAAGUAGCAUCGUGUAAAUCACCCUUUACUAGGACGAGCGGAGAGUAAAACCCGCUACUCACGCUACAAUCUGCAGGGUCCGAUUUGCAAGGUAGUUAGGAGGGAAUAAAUCGGCGCUGCUCUCCACACGAUCCAAUCUAUUUUAGUUGACUGGCUCGAUUGCUGUGCAAAGACGUGUUUUUAGCACGUCACAGUCGCAAGGCAAAUGCAAGAAAUGCCAAGAAAAAUCGGACGGAUCGGCCCGAUCGUCCUACACACGAUAAAACACGAUCAAACUUGCAGAGUGUUGGAGUGAAGGAGUCGGGAGAUCGUGUGGUCGUCCUGACCAACCAUCUGAUAUCAGAAUCAGUGGUCCCGACAAGCCUACAUACCGCCCGAUCUGCAGGGUCCCUGCAAAUCGGACUCUGCAGGUUGUAGCAUGAGUAGCGGGUUUUAUCGAUCGCGACGCGAUAUUUCAAUUGGCGGGAUAUCUCGCGUGAUAUCCUCGGCUGGUGUGAAGACGACUGCGAUGGGGCUGGAGAAUAAUGUAAUCUCAUUGAAUACGUCGUGCGCGUACAGCCGCGGUUACCGCUCGCUUUCGCGCUCUCGUUGAGAAGCAUGAAAAACAACGUCUUAACUUCCGGCGUCGCACUCGAGACAGCGUAAAUACACCAGUAAUCCGAUAUAACUUUAGCGCAACGAUGCGAGCUGCGGACGCUUUGCGCCGCGGCUUACCGGCCUGUCGCUGUCUUACCUCACGGUAAUUUAUCCCGCGCGUUAAUAAUGAGCGAGCAAACGCGGCGGAUAGAUGUGCAUCAUGUCGUAAAGAAAGUUGUGACUGGAUUAGCAUCGAUUUAACGCGAGGACGAUCAGACGGCUUUCUGUGUGCAGAAAUACCGGCUGUUAGAAUUAACGCUGUCCGUUUGCGAAAUUCUGCGCGUCUGCGAUGCGUGAUAUUGCGUUAACAUCACCGAAUUGUCACGAGGAUGACGACAACGCGUGCGAUUUGAAAUCUUUUAAUAUCCAACAAAACAAAAGAGGAACAUGCGUGCGAGACUUGCCGGCAUCCGGCAAACGCUUCACGCGAAGAAUCGAAGCAGACUGAGGAACGCGGGUACAUUCGCGCUUGCGUGACGGAAAAGAGGGGGAAAGGGCGAUUGUUUGUUGCGAAACAACGCAUCCGACGAUAAUUUCGAUACUCGGCGCUCUCUCCUCCCCGGCCUGGAAAAUGACUCUUUCACUGUGCAUUAUCGGUUACUUCGAUGUAGUAAUGUCUCGCGAAUUUUCGAGGAGAAAUUGCUGCCGUAAGAAGAGCAGAAAAAGAAAUAGCUGCGGAGGAAAAACGGAGAGAAUUAUCUCGCUGGUGCGGGAGCGCACAGUCAUAUUUUUGCCGGCGCUCAAGAUGGUGCUCGAUAAUGGAGAACGAUAUUAUAAAAUCAACAAGAUUCUCCUCAGUAGUCUUGGACUGUGGCCACAUCGGAAAACGAGAUGCUCGCGAGUUAAACUGAUACUCAUCGACGCUAUAUUCGUUUACGCUCUAUUUGUUCAGCUGUGCACGUUCAGCAAUGCGAAUUGCAAUAUAAACUUGCUUCUUGAGGUUCUCUCGAAUGUCCUGCCUACUCUCAUCUGCAUCGUAAAAUACAAUGCUUAUUACGCUAACACCAUAACAAUCGAAUUAAUGAUGAAACAAAUACAAAGAGAUUGGGACACGUUAAACGACAAAAGGGAGAUCGAGAUAUUGAACAAAUAUGCUCGUAUAAUGUAUACUUGCACGAUCGCUCUUAUACUAGUCACUUGUGUCUGCGUUACUAUCUAUGACUUCGUGGAAGUCUUGCCCAUUAUAUUCGAUUGGCUCGUGCCGCUUAACGAAUCCCGACCAUAUCAUUUGAUAAUGUUAAGCGAAUAUUUCGUUGAUUCUGAAAAGUAUUUUCCCCUUAUACUACUGCAUGAGAGCAUAGCUGUUUUAGUAGGAUGUCUUAUUAUUUUGUCUACCGGGACUAUAUCUUUGGUCUACAUGGAACAUCUUUGCGCGAUACUGAGAAUCGUCAGCUUUCGAUUAGAACAUAUGUUAGAAAAAAGCGGUCUACAGUACUUUAAUGUGCAAACCGAAAGAAUAAUAUGCGACAGGAUAAUUCGAGCCGUAAAUUUGCAUCGGAGAGCUCUCAAAUUCUUCGAUUUAUUUCUAUCAAAUUUCGCGUCAUCAUUUUGUAUUAUGACUGUCAUUGGAGUUGCCUCCAUAAGCAUUAAUUUAUUUCGCAUACUGGUAUAUUGCAACAUAAAGAAUUUAUCAGAAAUUUUAUUAGCUAGCACACUUUUGCUUGCUCAUUUUAUUUAUAUGUUUGGAGCGAAUUAUAUAGGACAAAUAAUAAUUAAUCACAGUGAAAAUAUUUUUCAUGUAACGUAUAACAACAUUUUGUGGUAUACCGCUCCGUUACAAUCACAAAAGAUGCUACUAUUUCUAAUGUAUAGAACGACAAAACAUAUAAAGCCAAUUAUCGGCAAAAUAUUUGUAGCAUCGUUGGAGGGUUUCGCUACGCUGUCUACUACAUCGCUAUCUUACUUCACGGUAAUUUAUUCUCUGCGUUAACGAGAAG